AUAAGAAAAGUUUUGUUUCGAGGAAGAAGAAGAUAUCGAUUUUUGCUUUUCUACUUUUCGAUUCUCUCGAUCGAGAGAAAGACAGAGAGGCACGGUGCUUUCAGAGAAUUUCACAACCGACAGCUUCGCGGAUUCAGAUGGCGUCAUGCUAAUAUGACUAAAUGAGAUUCUGGGGAUUAAGUUUAAGUGGGAAGGCUGUUAUUGUUCCUAAUGGGGAUUAAGUACUUGCCGCUCUCCGUAGCAUCAACAGCUCUCAGCUUUGUUGGACUUCAAGUCUGGACAGAGUUUUCUCUCGAUAGACUUCGAGCUGAUGGGCUGAUUGCCAAGAACGUUUCUUUAGGAGACUCCGAGCAUGCGCUUGAGCUGCUUCUCGCCUCUUAUUUCACUAUUGCGCUGCUCACUAAUUUUGUGCUCAAUGUGUAUAUUCUUCUGGUACUUUCUCUCAAGACUCUAUUUUUUGGAGAUUUAUAUGACGUUGAAACUAAAAAGUUGGUGGAGCGACUUGCCAAUUAUAUCAUAUACAAGGGUACGUUUCUACCACUGGUGAUUCCCCCAACAAUAUUUCAGGGUGUACUGUGGACAGUUUGGUUGACUGUUCUAUGUACUUUAAAGAUGUUUCAAGCUUUGGCUAGAGACCGGCUUGAACGAUUGAAUGCAUCUCCUUCUUCUACACCUUGGACAUACUUUCGUGUGUAUUCAGUGCUGUUCUUGGUCCUCUCUGUUGAUAUGUUCUGGAUAAAACUUUCCCUUAUGACAUACAAUACAAUUGGUUCCUCUGUGUAUCUGUUGUUACUUUUUGAGCCAUGCAGUAUAGCUUUUGAGACCUUGCAGGCGCUGUUAAUUCAUGGGUUUCAGCUGCUAGAUAUGUGGAUUAACCACUUAGCAGUUCAGAACUCAGACUGCCAAAGAUCUAAGUUUAUCGAUUCCAUGACAGCAGGCUCACUGUUGGAAUGGAAGGGCCUCCUCAACCGUAAUCUCGGUUUCUUCCUGGACAUGGCUACUUUGGUAAUGGCACUAGGUCAUUAUUUGCACAUUUGGUGGCUGCAUGGCAUUGCCUUUCAUCUGGUGGAUGCAGUUUUGUUUCUCAACAUACGUGCAUUGCUAAGUGCCAUUUUGAAACGAAUAAAAGGAUAUAUUAAACUAAGAAUAGCUCUGGGUGCUCUCCAUGCAGCCCUCCCCGAUGCAACUUCUGAAGAGUUAAGGGCAUAUGAUGAUGAAUGUGCUAUAUGUCGGGAACCUAUGGCCAAGGCUAAAAGGCUUCACUGCAACCACCUUUUCCAUCUUGGAUGCCUGCGAUCCUGGUUGGAUCAAGGUCUAAAUGAGGUUUAUUCUUGUCCUACAUGUCGUAAGCCUCUUUUUGUUGGUAGAACUGAAAGUGAGGUGAACCCUCACACAGUGGAAGUCUCAAGCGAUGAGCAGUUAGCCCGUCAGCUUGAAAGACAAAACAAUCCUGUUCGUGCACUAGCAACUGGUUUAUUUCCUGCCGAGGUGCCAAAUUCCGUCGAAAAUGAUACUUCGAGGAAUUUAGGAUUGGAUCCAAGCUGGCUGCAGACAUGGUCAGGUCAGGGUUCUGAUGUCGCUGGUCCCUCUACCGCUUCCAGGUCAGUUGGACUGGGGCGGGUUCAGAUGAUGAUGAGGCAUCUUGCAUCUGUUGGCGAAAGCUAUGCUCAAACUGCACUUGACGAUGCUGCUUGGAGUCUAUGGCCGAUGAACCCUUCACAAGCAUCCACUUCUUCUACAACUGUACCUCCUGGUACUGGUGGAAGGACAGGUGGUCUGCAUCUGAGAACUGUAUCAAGCACGACAAAUGAAAGCUUGGCAAAUAUACUAGCUAUGGCCGAGACUGUGAGGGAAGUCAUGCCACACGUGCCCGAUGAAAUUAUUUUCCAGGACCUGCAGAGAACAAACUCUGUUGCUGUUACGGUGAACAAUCUUCUCCAGAUGUGAUGAUAGUUUGUGUAAUAUAUACUAAGCACUUGCAUUUCAACCUUAGAUAUAGAUUAAUGAUUGGGGACAUAUCCUUGUCCUUAAGUCUUUACACACCACCCAACAUUCCAAGCUUCACCCGCUGUAAAUAUAAAGCAAUGUGCAUCACUUUUUGCUAUAGAGAAGAAGAGGCUCUAGUGUAUAGCUUCUGUUCAUUGCUCUCUUGCGAAAAAUAAGUUCGGAUAUUUACUCAAGGUGAUGAUGAUGCCUUGGUGGUCUGGAGAUAUCUUUGUCGCAGUCUGACCUCGGCUCCAGUCUCGAGGGAGAGUAACCACUCUUUGCAGCUGCUCUUUUGGCUGCUGCUAUCUCUCCUGUAUAAGAAUGUGUAAUUUACAAUAAAAUGAAGAAGUAAAUUAAAGAAUCUACCGUUAUUGAUCAAAUAGCCUGUACUGUAGUAUAUCACCAAAUGUGUAAACUCAAUUUUUUUUUCUGAAGAACUUAAGAGUAUCCUUCUAUAUCCU